AUGGAAAUUGCUGAAGAUUAUGCUAUCCAAAAUGUUCUCAGGGAGGAUAUACGUUAUUCUCUUGGAAUUUUAAAUGAAGAUCUCCCCUUUGCCAUUAUAAACAUCGUAUCAUGUGGCAAGGGACAAGAUUUAUUUCUUCAGUCAUUUUAUGAAAGACUACAAUUUAUCCGAGAACAAAUGUUUGAAGCGCUUGCAAUUCAGGCUUUCGUAGUUGGAAAUGAUAUGAAUGCUCAAACAAACUUUGAAGGAGACCUUAGAAACUUCAUGGCUAGGAUCAGAGUUCACUUUUUCAAUAAGACACAUACUCCAAGCUUGGCUGCAACUGAUAUGCUCCUGCAAAAUUUUCAGGCAAGAGGAGAAUGCUUUGGAAGGAUAACCAUAGAAGCUAUGGAAAUUCAGUUGGAAGUGCCG